UACGCAACGCGCAGCGGCAAAUAGCGAAUCAGAAAUUAGCGGAUAUAUCGCUAUAUCGGUGGUACGAGGCUAUAUAAGCUGGGGAUGCGCACUGAAACCCAACAGAUGGUCGCCGACUGUGCAUGCGAGUGGUUAUCGGAAAUCAGUAAAAAGCCAAACUAAACACCGAAACUAAGUGUAAUAAAAACGCGUGAAAUAAGCGAAACAAUCAAAAUACGGCCGCAUAUUGAUGUUUAAUUUUGAGGCGGCUGAGCACAAGGGCACCCGAAUUCUUUGGAUCUGAAUUGUGCCGCCAUUAAAAAGUGAAGUGUGAGGAUUUCGCACGCAGCAUCGACAUUUACGAUCAUGUUUCCGUGAUGCGAAUUGGUCCGCGGAAAUUCGCAAAUUGUCUGCCGGACGCCUCGCAGUUGCCGGUAAUUCUUAUGAUUAUUAUUCCGAACGCGCUCCAAUGAAUAGUGAAUAGCAAAGAGACAAACGCGAAGUCCCAUGAGUGCACUCCAAGUUAGAAACUUAAGGAGCAACUGCUGCUGCGGCAGCCGGGAAAACUGAGAUUCACUUGAGUCACUCGCAGAAGAAUAAACUACAACAGAAAUACAUACAUAGAAAUACAAAUACAUAUCCCCAGGGCGAGGAUAUUGCCAGGACGAUGAUAAUCAGCAUGAACCAGACGGAGCCCCCCGCCCAGCUGGCAGCUGGGGAGCAUCUGAGUGGAUACGCCAGCAGCGGCAACAGCGUGCGCUAUCUGGACGACCGGCAUCCGUUUGACUACCUGGACCUGGGCACGGUGCACGCCCUCAACACCACGGCCAUCAACACCUCCGAUCUGAACGAGACUGGGAGCAGGCCGCUGGAUCCGGUGCUAAUCGACAGGUUCCUGAGCAACCGGGCGGUGGACAGCCCGUGGUACCACAUGCUCAUCAGCAUGUACGGCGUGCUAAUCCUGUUCGGAGCCCUAGGCAACAUCCUGGUGGUCAUAGCCGUCAUCCGGAAGCCCAUCAUGCGCACUGCCCGCAAUCUGUUCAUCCUGAACCUGGCCAUAUCGGACUUACUUUUAUGCCUAGUCACCAUGCCGCUGACCCUGAUGGAGAUCCUGUCCAAGUACUGGCCCUACGGCUCCUGCUCCAUCCUGUGCAAAACCAUUGCCAUGCUGCAGGCACUUUGUAUUUUCGUGUCGACAAUAUCCAUAACGGCCAUUGCCUUCGACAGAUAUCAGGUAAUCGUGUACCCCACGCGGGACAGCCUGCAGUUCGUGGGCGCAGUGACGAUUCUGGCCGGGAUUUGGGCACUGGCACUGCUGCUGGCCUCGCCGCUGUUCAUCUACAAGGAGCUGAUAAACACGGACACGCCGGCGCUUCUGCAGCAGAUCGGGCUGCAGGACACCAUACCGUACUGCAUCGAGGACUGGCCCAGUCGCAAUGGGCGCUUCUACUACUCGAUCUUCUCGCUGUGCGUGCAAUACCUGGUGCCCAUCCUGAUCGUCUCGGUGGCCUACUUUGGGAUCUACAACAAGCUGAAGAGCCGCAUCACCGUGGUGGCCGUACAGGCGUCCUCCGCCCAGCGAAAGGUGGAACGAGGGCGACGGAUGAAGCGCACCAACUGCCUGCUGAUCAGCAUCGCCAUCAUCUUUGGGGUUUCUUGGCUGCCGCUGAACUUUUUUAACCUGUACGCGGACAUGGAGCGCUCGCCGGUCACACAGAGCAUGCUCGUCCGCUACGCCAUUUGUCACAUGAUCGGCAUGAGCUCCGCGUGCUCCAACCCACUGCUCUAUGGCUGGCUCAACGACAACUUCCGUAAAGAAUUUCAAGAACUGCUCUGCCGUUGCUCAGACACUAAUGUUGCUCUUAACGGUCACACGACAGGCUGCAACGUCCAGGCGGCGGCGCGAAGGCGUCGCAAGUUGGGCGCCGAACUCUCCAAGGGCGAGCUGAAGCUGCUGGGGCCGGGCGGCGCCCAGAGCGGUACCGCCGGCGGCGGGGAGGGCGGUCUGGCGGCCACCGACUUCAUGACGGGCGCCCACGAGGGCGGACUGCGCAGCGCCAUUACCGAGUCGGUGGCCCUAACGGAUCACAACCCGGCGCCCUCGGAGGUCACCAAGCUGAUGCCGCGGUAAAGCACAGGGACAGGGUAGUCGUAAGAUCUUUGAGCUCUGGUCUCGUGUCCACCUCCGCACGACAUAUGUAUGUAUGUAUGCGUAUGGGCAUGGGUGCAUGUACUCUUGUGCGUCCUCGGGCUGAUUGGAUUUGCAUGUUCCAAACGUCGCUGCUGCUCGCAAUUUCGCAUUACGUUUCACUUGUUCCAACUGCAACUGCCACCUCUCCAGCACACUGAGCGAAAAGCCGUGUCACAAAACCGGGAAAAACUCUGGCUUUAAAAUCUAUAAGCAGCCGCCUUAAACACGUUCGAAAAGUUCCUAGCUUAUGUUAAUUUAUUUCAUUCGUCCCCCAUUUAUAUGUUUUUGUUUAUACUAUAAGUUUUUGAGUGUAAAAAUUGGUCAAUAUUCUACAAAAAUACAAAAAGCAAGUGUUAUAAAUAUUUUUGUAAGUAUCGUAUGAGCAUAUGUCUAUCUUAACAUUUAAAACCAUCUAAAUAUUAUCUUAACCUCUACUCCGAUAAUUAUUAACUUACAUUUCCAUUACUAAUUGUACGAAUAUUUCUGAUCUAAAGCUCUAACAUUCGAUUACUUUUCAGUUAGGCUAACUGGCCAUAUAUUUUCUCAGUGUAUGCAUGCGCUUCUCUUAUCGUUGCCUUGUCGAGCUGUAACUCUUGCCGUUGCCAUGUUGUGACAUUAUUUGCUUUUGAGCAGCAAUCGAUUAUGACCCGCCUUUUGUGACCAAUUUUCAGUUUGGAACAGUACUAAAUUGGCAAUCAAUUGGCAAUCCUGGAGCAGCAAGCGGCUAGAGCAGCGUUCUAUGAGGGAGACUGACACUGACAUGUCGCCCUUAGACUUAACACAUAUUGUCCAGUGAUCAAAAGCCAAGCUGAGUUAACCCUAAGUUAAGACACACGCGAGUAUGAGCUCGGAUCCUGUAAUCUAUUUUUAAGCGACAAUCUCAUGGCAUCCAUCAUCCAUCCACCGUCGGACUUAGUCUAUGGUUAAAUCAUUUUCGUAUCGAAUGCCGAAAAGUAAUUGAUUGAGCCCCCAAUUGGAUUUCGGGUAUUUGAUAAGUAGAAUACGCCUAAGACCUCGAAUAAGUUCUCCCAACAGUUCCUAGGUAAUAUUUUCGUUCUAUGUCAUAGCUUUUCUUGGUACCAUCUAAGCUAAGGAUUAGCUAUAAUUAUUGUUUUGUUCGUUACUCAGUAAAAGUAGAGUAACUAAGCUAACUUGAUUUUAAAUUUAAAUGUAAAAGAUAAUAUUAAAAUAAAUGAA